AUGUCGAGGUUCAGUAGGGCCCCAGGGCCCCAGAACACGAGCAUCCUCAACACCUUGCGCGCCACCGAGAUGAUCGACAGCAAGGCCGCCCUGCCCGCCGAGAUCCUCGUUACCAUCCUCGACUACCUCCCCGUCUCCGACCUCAUGCGCUUCGCCCGCACCUCCAGCCGCAUGCGCGAGAUGGUCUACGACGACACGAGAUGGGUCGCACGGCUCAAGAGCAUGGGCUUAUGGAACGAGAUCGAGGCACGCCGUCGCUUCGAUGACGCUGUGCGCCGCAGGAAAGAAGCUCAGGAGAGGGAAGCCAAGGAGCGCGCCGCCGCUGCCGGAGCCAACAGUCAAGCGUCCGCCGAUGCCGGGAGGCAAAUAGGGGCGGCAAAGAGGCAGUCUGCUACUGUGUUCUUCGAUGCCUCUGUCGAGCAGGAAAGGAGGAGGAGGAGCAGCUAUCUUGCCAAAGCCGCGGCGCCAGCCAACGCCGUACCGGAGCUGCGCGAUGGCUUCGAGACAUUGGCCGUGACCGGCAACUCGCAGCAACCAAAGCAGCCCCUUUCGGACCCUCUCCAGGACCCAGAGGAUUAUUUGCAAGUCCUAAAGAACGUCAAGAGUGUACGUGGUCAUGCAAGAGAGGAGUACGGCAAGGUCUACGGUGCACUGGGUCCGUUUUAUUUCGACCUGGUGCGAGCAAAGAGCCACGCCGAUCCGGCUUUGUUCAAGGCCUUUAGGGACCCCGAGCGGCAGGCGCAAAUGUUAGCAAAUCUACAUGUCUUUGCAAAAAGUGACUGGGCUUCCGGCUGGGCCCAGCGGGAGGAGACGCUCACGCGCAUGACCAACAUAUUCGAGAGCGCCGUGCUCAGGGAGUUUGAGCAGGGCUACGAGUUUUGGGACGUCGAAGGACGGAUGAAGCGGUACGCACAUGUUUUGCACAUGCUCAACAGCCCGGCGGGCGUCGACCUCUUCAUCCACAAGCACCCCAUCUUCUCGGACAAGGAGGUUCUUGCCAACUCGAUGGACUGCAUCAACAAUGGCCCUGCGGACGGGAUAACGCUAGGACCAUCACAGCUCUUCUUUGAGGUGUUGACGGGCAAAUUACGCGAACAAGCCGUGGUCAUGGAGAAGAUAUUCCCAAAUCCGGGCAAGGUGUUCUGGGCACUUGUGGACAAGGUGAGGGAGGACACCAUCAUGGACUACGCAACCACGCUAUUCGAUGAGGCACGCGACCGCAGCAAAGAGUCCUACCUUAAAGCUGUGUCUGGCAUUUUUGAGCAGUGCCUGCAGUCCCUCAGAUCCCUGGAGGUGCCACAGACAUCGGCCGAGGAAAGUGAGGAGAAGUCAAAAGAGCAGGCGCAUAGGGUCGUCGAGCCUCACCUGGAUCUGUACCUGCAGGAUGAGCUCGAAUUCUUUCAGAAGACGGCCGAGGAGGAGGUUGGGAACUGGGAAAGGAAACUGUCGGAACAGGAUGCAACCGUCGAGUCAUUCUACAUGUCGAACUUCACCAAACCGGUGGACAAGAAGGAUUUCCUGAGCUCCUUCAAAAAGACAAUCAUGAUGCCAGUAACGGUGCUACCGUCCCUACCAGGACAGCUGCUUACGUCUCCCUUCGGCUCAACCACGGCCAAAACCGCCUCAUCUUCAACUGCAAACGGUCAGACCCUGGCCCCUUCGGCAUCACAAACACCCGGUGUAGGCGGACCAGACCGGACGGCUAGCCCACUCCCCGAAAAGGCGCCCACAGACGAGCUCGCAGCAAAGGCGGCGCUCAUGGCAUCCCGGCUCGAGGGCAUCAAGUCUUUAUUCAGCAUCGAGGUGGCACUGAACCUGGUUCACAUGGCCAAGACGAGCCUCGGGCGCGCUGCCGUGCUCAUCCAACUCGGGGGGCAGGCGGGUGAAGAAGCGCGUGAGCAGUGCGCCCAGAUCUUCGUCAGCCUACUCCGCAUCCUGGGCUACCGGCAUAUCAAGCCGGGUUUCGACAAGGCUGUGGACCAUCUCGCGGGAUACAAGGCACGUGAGGUAACGGACCACGGUAGCCAAGGCGGGGUGGCACCAUUGGUCACAUUCAUUGAGCUGGUCAACGUGGGCGAUCUCAUCUCACAGAUGGUUGACGUCUUUUAUGAACAACAGCUCCUGGCGUCGCCGCGGAUCGCGGACCGAAACGAUUUCCUCGACCAGAGCGGCUUGGCCAAGAAGAAGUUUGAGCAGAUGCUGGACGAGAGCGUGGCGGCGGGGUUGAACAAGGGUAUAGACGUGCUCAUGGACGAGGUCGAGUACAUCUGCGCGACGACACAGCUGCCGACCGACUACAACCCCAUGGGGCCCGAGGCGGCAGGCGGUGGCGGCAGCGGCAACGGCCUCGGCGCGCCGGAUAAGCGAUCUAGCGUGGCGAGUUUCGCAUCGUUCGGCAGUGGCAGCACCCAAGGACCGAGGAACUCGACGCCUGUGAUGGACCUGUCCCCGACGCAGACGGCGCGGCGCGUGGUGGACCUGGUCAGCUCGCACACGCGCAUGCUCGUCGGCAGCACCGAGAAGACGAUGCUGGAGGUGUUCAACGGCGAGGUGGGGCUGCGGCUCUUCACGGCCGUGUGCAAGCACAUCAAGCGGCAGCGCGUGUCGACGGACGGCGCGACGCGGCUCAUCGCCGACUGCACCCUGUACUUUGAUUACAUCCAGACGCUGCGCAACGCAGACCUGCUGGCGUACUUCCGCGCGCUGCGCGAGCUGAGCCAGAUCUACCUUAUCGACCCUCGGCACUCCAAAGAGAUGGCGACGAUCAUUGCCGACGGAGAUCGCUUCGGCGGGGUGUUCCGCGCAGAGGAGGUGUACGAGUUUGCGGAGCGGAGGGCAGACUGGUACCAGGUCAAGAGGGAUGUUGAGAGGGCCAUGUAUGGUCUGGAGUGUUGUUUAAUGUGA